AUGCGCACUCUGCAGCAACAGCGCUUCCGCUUCCUUCUCCCUCCUACUUCUGCACUCCACCGCUGCUCGCACCAAGCUGUCCGCAUCUCGUUUGUCGCGGCUGAAACCUGCACAGAACCAACCAUCUCUCCAUCCUACUACACUACCUCAGAUACUGUUAUCUCUUCUGAGACUGUCUUUGUCGUCGAGAUUUCCCUCACCUGCAAAAAUGGAGCUCAGAACGUUGCCCUCCACGCGGAUGUUAAUGGAAAUCAGUUUCCUGUCACUCGGGUUCAAGAUGUCGGCCGCUAUCAGGUCUCCUGGAGCAUGGAGCACAAGCUGGCCCGCUCUGGCACCUACGAAGGGAAAUUCUUUGACGAGGAGUCUUACAGUAUCUUGCGCAAGGCUCAGCGCAACAACGAGGACAUCUCUGAGAUCAAGCCCCUGUUCACUGUCAAUGUUGACCAUCGAGGAGCCUGGAGCGGACUGUGGGUCUCCACCGAGGUACUGGUGGCCUGCAUCGGCCUCCUGGUUUAUUACCUGGCUUUCAGUGCCAAGAGCAACAUCCAAGCCUGAUCCGCUUCAGUAAACUCUUCCUGCCA